AUGGUCCAAUGGGAGACGAGCUCGGCUCUUCAGACGCUCUUCCUUCUCCGCCGCCUGCAGGGGAAUGACCGCCGCGGUCUUCUACUCCGCAGGAUAACGGAGGAAGGAGGAUUUGCUUUUGUUAAAUCCGCUGAGCUUGCGGCCGCCGGCGAUCUUAGAUCGGCGGAGGCAGCGCGGGAGAUGGCUUGGGAACAGUUACACUCGGGUCCAUGGAAUGAAGUGGUGCCUACAUGGCGAGACGCCUAUGCGAUGGCCAGUCUUCUUGUGGCGGACAUCCGGUCCAGCGCUGGCGACCUGAAGGAAGCGCUCCGGGUGCUUGAUAUGGGACUUAUCAUGGGCGGCCCGUUACUCCGCCAAGAACUCGAAGUUGCCGUGCGGAAGAUCGCAAUGAUGUCCGCACCUAACGAGGUGGAGUGUUCCAGGAAAAGCAACGGAUGGGGGAUGGAGAGCAGGAGCUGGGACUUAGAUGAGGUGCGCCAAAUUCUGCCUAGCAGAUCAUUGACAUGCAAGGUUGUUGAGAAACAACCUUCACCUUCAUUGGAGGCUUUUGUUCGUGAUUACUUUCUGCGCAGCUGUCCAGUUAUAAUUAGUAAUUACAUUGAUCAUUGGCCUGCUCUGAAAAAGUGGAGGGAUGUUGACUAUCUGAAACGUAUUGCAGGUGAUCGAACUGUUCCUGUUGAGGUUGGAAAGAACUAUCUUUCGUCAGACUGGAAACAAGAGCUUAUUACUUUUUCUCAGUUUCUUGACCGGAUACAGACUAAUAACAGCUCUGCUAACCUCACAUAUCUUGCUCAACAUCCCUUAUUUGAUCAGAUACAAGAACUACGGAAUGAUAUAAUGAUCCCAGACUACUGCUAUGCUGGUGGUGGGGAACUUCAAUCACUUAAUGCUUGGUUUGGUCCGACUGGAACAGUGACACCUUUGCAUCAUGAUCCACAUCAUAAUAUCCUUGCUCAGGUAUUAGGUAGAAAAUAUGUAAGGCUUUAUCCAGAAUCUGCAUCCCAGGACUUGUAUCCUUACACAGAGUCUAUGCUAAGGAAUUCUAGCCAGGUUGACCUUGACAAUUUUGAUGCUGAAUAUUUUCCCAGAACUGCAAAUCUAGACUUCAUUGAUUGCAUUUUAGAAGAAGGCGACAUGCUCUAUAUUCCUCCCAAAUGGUGGCAUUAUUAAAAAGGAUGAUGAUUCAAUGCUGAUUCUGGACUGAAUGUAGAGUAAUCAAUGAUCAUGGAUGCCCAAUGGAAGGAAACUGACUUAGUGUACAUUUUAUGCUUUAGAAAUAUCAUAAUAAUUUAGUUUAUUUUUUUAGGUAU